GCUGAGAAUAGAGGAAUUGUAAUGGUUGUGUUCUCUCCUACAUAUCUUAACUGUGAACCUGACAAACGUGAUGUAUGCGACAUCCGUCAAGUUGCUGAUCAUAUUGACCACCUCGCUGCAGUAUGUGGACACGAUUGCGUUGGAAUAGGAUCCGAUUUUGAUGGUCUUGUAAUGUUGCCAGUAGGUCUAGAAGACGUUUCCAAGUAUCCGUAUCUAGUUGAAGAAAUGGUGAAGCGAGGCUGGAGUGAUAAGAAUAUUGAAAAAUUAAUUGGAUUGAAUUUAGUGAGAGUAUUUCAAGAAAUAGAAGAGGUUCGUGACUCAAUGAAAGACAUACUACCCUAUGAAGAAUGGCUACCUGAAGACGACAGCGAAUCCGAGGCAAAUAAUGAAUGCAGGACCAGUAGUCCGUUUUGGCCCUCUUAUCCACCUGAAACCGAGACAGAAACGGAUGAUAUUCAUUCCAAAAUGGCUGAUUUCAACUGUUAA